UGAUUUGCGGCAAGCGUGCGGCGUGCGUUAUCCCUUUCGCUUGUGGCCGGAGGCGCAACACGACGAUGUAUGAGCCUUCUGACCGGCAGAAUGUGAUCAAAAAGUACCUCCAAGGCUUGCAUCAUCACGACGACGGCUACUCCCACGGCUACCUAAAAUCAGAUGAAGAGCUUGAGCUUUUUGAGAUGUCAUUGGCUGCCGUCAACGAGAGGUAUGCUGUGCGGACAUCAAGAGACCUCACCAAGUCGUCUAAACCCAAUGUCGUCUUCUCUAUGAUCCACUCCGGCUGUAGGAUCUCCCUGGACAAUGUGCCAUUUCGUGUUGUCAAGGAAACCGUCAAAGUCUGCGUAUUCGGAACGGAAUACUAUAAGAAGACUCUACAGAAAAAGAAGGACCUGGGUUCCAACAUCAUUGACUGGCCAAAGGAGGUGCGUGAAAAGAAGCGAAUGAAUCUUCAAGGAACAAAGAAGAAGGGCUGUGCAGCAACAAUGACCUUGAAAUGGAUUGAAUUGUAUCCAGGUUAUAAGGUGGACGUACCCCAGCCAUGCGGCCAGACAAGACAGGGUCGUCUGAAAGCGGACAAGGCCAAGCAGUUGCAGGAGGCUCUCGGGAAGCAGCAGGCUGUAACCAAAGAAACACGAGUAUACCUUAGAAUCGCCGACUGCAGCUCUCAUAACCAUGGAUUCGAGAACAUUGAAGCUUUUAGCCAUAAUAUGGACAGUAGGAAACGUUCGUUAACAUCCCGUAUCACACCUGUCAUUCAUGGCUACCUUCCUGACAAAGAAACAAAAUUUUAUGAGGAAGCAAGGAGGCAGUCAUCAGUGUGCGGACAUUACAGUGAAAAUGUUCCUGCAUACCUGCGCAAUCGGCCUCACGGGUUUGUUAAACAUAUGUUGAGGCGGCUUGUUAAUGCAGAGGAAUACACCCACACAGACAUGAAAGAGCUGCCCAUUGAAGGCAUGUUCUCUGUUCGUUCUGAAAGGAGUGAUGAUGAUGUGUACAUAGUUGACUUCACAAAGCCAUCGUGUACCUGCCCUGACUUCAGGAAGCAUAAGUAUCCCUGCAAACACUUUUGUGUUGUUUUCAAGUACAGUGACAGGAGCUUUGGCUCGGACUGA